AUGUGCCUGCCUAUGCAUGCUUGUGAGAGGGGCGUGCAGCAGCUGCUCGACGACUUCAAGGCCGCUCUGCUUGCGUGUUGCCAGCCCUUGGACACAGCAGAGCUGCACGAGGCGGCAGCAGCAACAGCGGCCCACUCCUCCCGCUCCUCCUCCUCCCGCCCAUCAGGUCCCCGCCGACGCGCCCCCCGCCUCCUCCCCUCCACCUCCGCCUCUCCCGCCCCCGUCGUCUCCUCCCUCACUUCUAAAUCCGGCCCGUUGCUUACCUCCAAUGCGAAGGCCAAAGGGCAUGUGCAUAAGGGGGGUGCGGGGUCUGCAAGGGAAGGCGGGGGGGAUGGGAGUAGGCACGCCGCCCCCUUCCCCUCACCAACCCCUGCUAAUAGUCACGAUUCUGCUGGUGGUGCUGGUGCUGCUGGUGGCGAUGGCGCUGGUGCUGGCGAGGGGACUGGGUCGUUGGCUGGUGAUACUGGUACUGCAACGGGAACGGGGACAGGGAGCAAUAUCCGGAGGAGUGGGAGUGGGAGUGGGAGCAGGGGGGGGAGUGGGAAGGAGAAAGGGAGGGAGAGGGAGGGGAGGCUGAUGAGGAGGCCCACCAAGUGGUUGGGGGCGGAUAAGGCAGCGGUGGGGCUGCGGCAGGUGGUGCAGGUGCUGGCUAGAGCAGGCUACAUCGACCCCUGCUUUGAUAUCUACAGGUGGGUGGGGUGGGGCUGUUGGUGUGUGGGGGUGCUGGUGGUGGGGCUGUUGGUGUGUGGGGGUGCUGGUGUGUCGGUGCGGGAGGACUGUGUGCGCGAGACGAUAAAGACGUUAGAGGUGGAGCCUAUAAGGGGUACGACGCACGUGAACCAGCUGCCGUGGCAGCAGCUGCAGCACACCAUGACAGACUGGCUUAGGGACUGCCGCCUCCAGCUGCGCACGAUAAUGGAGGAGGAAUUCUCCCUUGCCACUUACAUCUUCGGCAUACUCCACUCCACCGCACAGCACCACACUGCCAGCCACCGGGAACCCUCCGAACUCCUACAAUCCCCUUCUUCCUCCUCCACCACAGCCACCAGCAUAACCCUUUCCAACUUUCGGCUUCCCAGCCACCGAUCCUCCAGCAUCCGAACCACAGCCAGCAAGUCCGGGAGGUCCGGGAGCACGCGGACCUUGAGGCUCGGCGACGAGGCUGCGGCAGACUCGGGGAGGGCGAUCUCUCUCAAGAUCUUGCGCAAGGUGGGGAUGCCUCAGACGCUGUCAACGCUGAUGCACAACGCCAACACACUCACGGCUGCACAGGCCACUCCUGAGAGGCUCUUCCUGUUGCUCGACAUGGCUGCUACUGUGGACGAGCUCAUGCCUCAGGGCUGGGUUGUAUGGGCGGGGAUGCCAAGGACACUGUCAACGCUGAUGCACAAUGCCAACACGCUCACAGCUGCACAAGCCACGUCUGAGAGGCCGUUCCUGCUGCUCGACAUGGCUGCUGCUGUGGACGAGCUCAUGCCCCAGGUGGGGAGGGGGAUGGGGGUGUUGGGGGUUCUUGUUUCGUUUGGGUUAGAGGAGCUCAUUUCUCAGGUAGAGCGGCUAGUGUGCUGGUCGGACAGUGAAGGGUUGCUGGCGGAGUGGCGGGGGCUGACAUGCGGAGUGGCGAAGGUGGUGCUGGGCACGUUUGAUACUCUCACUGCCACGCUGCAGGUGCCCGUGGAGCAGCCACGCAGAAACAAGUGGCGGUUGUUCCGAGGAGAGGGCAGCAGCAGCGGCAAGGAGGGCGGGGGAGGGGGCGGCUACCCGCCCGGGUGGGGCGUGGAGAAGAGUGGGAGCGUGCAUGCCGUCACCAGCUAUGUGAUCAACUACAUUGACACCUACCUGGGCAGGAGUGCCACGUCAUCACGGGCGUAUGGGUAUGGCACGAUGCUGGAGAAGCUGCUGGAAGCACUCACCACACCACGGCAGAGGGCGAUCGAAUUAAGCAUAUUUCUCCCUGCCUGCACCCCAUGCCCCUCACAUGAGCUCCACGUCAUCGCGGGCGUAUGGGUACGGCACGAUGCUGGAGAAGCUGCUGGAGACGCAUGGACAGGGGCGCAGCAUGGAGGAGGAAACCAUGAAGAUGAGAGGGGAUGGAGGGAGAGGGGGACAAAGUGGGGAUCGAAGGGCAAAGCAUGGAGGAGGAAAUGA